AGGCUUCUGAGAGCAGGAAGCCAGGCCGCGGGCAGACGAGGCUGCGGGGCCCCUUGCUGGAAAGGCAAGCAGGAAGGACUGCCCCCUGGGCUCUGGGCUCUUAGCUCCCGGCCCGCACUCCGCCCCGCCGCAGAGCUGCAGCUCCGGCCGGGAGUAAGGAGGCGAGCCAGGCACAGCGGCCAGAGCUGCUCCGCGGGUCCCACGCCUGCUCGGGCCUCCUGCCGCGCCCUCGGCCUCGGCGCCUGCCCUUCCCCGCACCCAGCCGGGCCCUCUGCAGCAGCCGCGAUGAAGGCGGGCUCGGGGGAUCAGGGGAGCCCCCCGUGCUUCCUGCGCUUCCCGCGGCCCGUGCGGGUGGUAAGUGGCGCAGAGGCCGAGCUCAAGUGCGUGGUCCUGGGGGAGCCACCGCCCACUGUCGCGUGGGAGAAAGGCGGGCAGCAGCUUGUGGCCUCGGAGCGCCUGAGCUUCCCGGAGGACGGCGCCGAGCACAGCCUGCUGCUGAGCUGCGCGCUGCCCACCGACGCCGGAGUCUACGUGUGCCGCGCCCGCAACGCGGCCGGCGAGGCCUACGCAGCGGCCGCCAUCACCGUCCUGGAACCCCCGGCCCCGGAGCCCGAGCCCGAGCCCCAGCCCGCUGCGCACCCGCUGCGGCCGCCGGGGAGCGGGGAGGGUGCCCCGGUGUUCCUGACCGGGCCCCAGUCCCAGUGGGUGCUGCGGGGGGUGGAGGUGGUGCUGACGUGCCAGGUGGGAGGCCUCCCCCAGCCCACGCUGUACUGGGAGAAGGAUGGGAUGGCGCUGGACGAGGUGUGGGACAGCAGCCACUUUGCGCUCGAGCCCGGCCGCGCCGCGAGUGUUCCGGGGGGUACGAGCUUGGCGCUGCGCAUCCUAGCGGCGCGGCUGCCGGACUCGGGCGUCUACGUGUGCCACGCCCGCAACGCGCAUGGCCACGCGCAGGCCGGCGCGCUGCUCCAGGUGCAGCAGCCCCCCGAGAGCCCGCCCGAGGACCCCGACGAGCCCACCACACCGGUGGUCGAGCCGCUUAAGUGCGCACCCAAGACGUUCUGGGUGAACGAGGGCAAGCACGCCAAGUUCCGCUGCUACGUGAUGGGCAAGCCCGAGCCCGAGAUCGAAUGGCACUGGGAGGGCCGCCCUCUUGCACCGGAUCGCCGCCGCCUCAUGUACCGCGACCGCGACGGUGGCUUUGUGCUGAAGGUGCUCUACUGCCAGGCCAAAGACCGCGGGCUCUAUGUGUGCGCUGCGCGCAACUCUGCGGGCCAGACGCUCAGCGCCGUUCAGCUGCACGUGAAAGAGCCCCGCCUCCGCUUCACAAGACCCCUGCAAGAUGUGGAGGGCCGGGAGCAUGGCAUUGCAGUACUGGAGUGCAAAGUGCCCAACUCUCGAAUCCCCACUGCCUGGUUCCGAGAGGACCAACGGCUGCUGCCCUGCCGAAAGUACGAGCAGAUUGAGGAAGGCACCGUGAGGCGCCUCAUCAUCCACAGGCUGAAGGCAGAUGAUGAUGGUGUCUAUCUGUGUGAAAUGCGGGGUCGAGUUCGCACUGUGGCCAAUGUGACGGUCAAAGGGCCCAUUCUGAAGCGCCUGCCUCGGAAGCUUGAUGUCCUGGAGGGAGAGAAUGCAGCGCUGUUGGUGGAGACUCGAGAAACUGGGGUUAAGGGGUGCUGGAGCCGUGAUGGGGAGGAGCUACCAGCCACCUGCCAGAGCAGCUGUGGCCACAUGCAUGCCCUGGUCCUUCCAGGGGUGACCCGAGAAGAUGCUGGCGAAGUCACCUUCAGCCUGGGCAACUCUCGUACCACUACUCUGCUCAGAGUCAAAUGUGUCAAGCACAGUCCUCCCGGCCCUCCUGUAUUGGUUGAGAUGUUCAAGGGCCAAAAGAAUACGGUCCUGCUGACCUGGAAACCUCCUGAGCCACCUCCUGAGACCUCCUUCAUCUACCGCCUAGAGCGGCAGGAAGUGGGCUCUGAAGACUGGAUCCAGUGCUUCAGCAUCGAGAAAGCUGGAGCUGUAGAGGUGCCUGGGGACUGUGUGCCUGCUGAGGGUGACUACCGCUUCCGCAUCUGCACAGUCAGUGAACAUGGUCGCAGUCCCCAUGUGGUGUUCCAUGGUUCUGCUCACCUUGUACCCACAGCUCGCCUGGUGUCAGGUCUGGAGGAUGUGCAGGUGUAUGAUGGGGAAGAUGCCGUCUUCUCCCUCGAUCUAUCCACCAUUAUCCAGGGCACCUGGUUCCUUAAUGGAGAAGAGCUUAAGAGUAAUGAGCCAGAGGGCCGGGUGGAGCCUGGAGCCCUGCAGUACCGUAUGGAGCAGAAGGGCCUGCAGCACAGACUCAUCCUGCAAGCUGUCAAGCACCAGGACAGUGGGGCCUUGGUGGGCUUCAGCUGCCCUGGUGUGCAAGACUCAGCUGCCCUCACCAUCCAAGAGAGCCCAGUGCACAUCCUGAGCCCCCAGGACAAGGUGUCACUGAACUUCACGACCUCUGAUCGGGUGGUGCUAACCUGUGAGCUCUCACGAGUCGACUUCCCAGCGACUUGGUACAAGGAUGGGCAGAAAGUGGAGGAGAGUGAGUCACUGGUGGUAAAGAUGGAUGGGCGCAAACACCGGCUAAUCUUGCCUGAGGCUGAAGUUCAAGACAGCGGAGAGUUUGAAUGCAGAACAGAAGGGGUCUCAGCCUUCUUCAGCGUCACUGUUCAAGAUCCCCCAGUGCAUAUCGUGGACCCCCAGGAGCAUGUGUUUGUACAUGCCAUCACCUCCGAGUGUGUCAUGCUCACCUGUGAGGUGGACCGAGAAGAUGCCCCUGUGCAAUGGUACAAGGAUGGGCAGGAGGUAGAAGAGAGCGACUUCAUGGUACUGGAGAACGAAGGAGCUCAUCAUCGCCUGGUGCUGCCUGCUGCCCAGCCCCCCGAUGGGGGCGAGUUUCAGUGUGUCGCAGGAGAUGAACGUGCCCACUUCACUGUCACCAUCACAGAUGUCUCUUCAUGGAUCGUGUACCCCAGUGGCAAAGUAUACGUGGCGGCUGUACGCCUAGAGCGUGUUGUGCUGACCUGUGAGCUGUGCCGUCCCUGGGCAGAAGUGCGCUGGACCAAAGAUGGGGAAGAGGUAGUAGAAAGCCCAGCAUUGCUCCUGCAGAAAGAAGACACCAUCCGCCGCCUGGUGCUGCCCUCCAUCCAGCUUGAAGACUCCGGCGAGUACUUGUGUGAAAUCGAUGAUGAAUCAGCUUCUUUCACUGUCACUGUCACAGAGCCGCCAGUGAGGAUCAUAUACCCCCGGGAUGAGGUGACCUUGAUCGCUGUGAGUUUGGAGUGUGUGGUACUGAUGUGUGAGCUGUCUCGAGAGGAUGCCCCGGUGCGCUGGUACAAGGAUGGACUGGAGGUAGAGGAAAGUGAGGCCUUGGUGCUGGAGAGUAAUGGGUCCUGUCGCCGCCUGGUAUUACCUGCUGCCCAGCCUGAGGAUGGGGGCGAGUUUGUGUGUGAUGCUGGAGAUGACUCAGCCUUCUUCACUGUCACUGUCACAGCUCCACCAGAGAGGAUUGUACAUCCAGUAGCCCGAGCCUUGGAUCUGCAGUUUGGGGCUCUAGGGCCUGUGGAGCUGCAAUGCGAGGUGUCCCCAGCUGGGUCCCAGGUGCGCUGGUAUAAGGAUGGGCUAGAGGUAGAGGCUUCAGAUACACUGCAGCUGGGUGCAGAGGGGCCUGCUCGUACUCUCAUCCUGCCCCACGCCCAGCCUGAGGAUGCUGGGGAGUAUGUGUGUGAGACCCGAGAUGAAGCUGUCACCUUCAACGUCAGCCUGGCUGAGCUGCCAGUGCAGUUCCUCGUCCCAGAGGCAGCCCCAAGCCCAAUCUGUGUGGCCCCUGGAGAACUGGUGGUACUGAGCUGUGAGCUGUCUCGGGCAAGUGCACCUGUGUUCUGGAGCCACAAUGGGAGUCCUGUGCAGCAGGAUGAGGGGUUAGAGCUGCAAGCUGAGGGUCCCCGCCGAAUUCUCUGCAUCCGGGCUGCAGACCCAGCACAUGCAGGUGUCUACACCUGCCACUCAGGGGCAGUCUCUGGGGCCCCAAGCCUCAGCUUCAGCGUCCAGGUGGCUGAGGCCCUGGUGCGGGUAGUGGCCCCCGAGGCAGCCCAGACGAGGGUUCGAAGCACCCCAGGUGGGGACCUAGAGCUGGUGGUGCACCUCUCCGGACCGGGGGGCCCUGUGCGCUGGUACAAGGAUGGGGAGCGCCUGGCGAGCCAGGGGCGGGUGCAGCUGGAGCAAGCCGGGGCCAGGCAGGUGCUGCGGGUGCGCGGGGCACGGAGCAGGGACGCUGGGGAAUACCUAUGCGAUGCACCCCAGGACAGUCGUAUCUUCAUCGUCAGUGUGGAAGAGCCCCCACUAGUGAAGCUAGUCUCUGAGCUGACACCCCUGACUGUCCAUGAGGGUGAUGAUGCCACAUUCCGGUGUGAGGUUUCGCCACCAGAUGCUGAAGUCACCUGGCUGCACAGUGGAGCUGUUGUCACUCCAGGGCCCCAGAUAGAAAUGGUCCAGAAUGGCUCAAGCCGCACUUUGAUCAUCAGAAGCUGCCAGCUCAAGGAUACAGGGAUUGUGACUGCACGGGCAGGAGCCACAGCCACAAAUGCCAGGCUCCACGUUCGAGAGACAGAGCUGCUGUUCCUGCGGCGGUUGCAGGAUGUGCGGGUUGAGGAAGGCCAAGAUGUGUACCUUGAGGUGGAGACAGGGAGAGUGGGUGCAGCCGGUGCCAUUCGCUGGAUGCGAGGUGGGGAGCCUCUUCCCCUGGACUCUCGCCUGACCACAGUCCAGGAUGGCCACGUCCACCGCCUCUCCAUCCAUGGUGUCCUACUGGCUGACCAGGGCACUUACGGCUGUGAGAGCCACCAUGAUCGCACCCUGGCCAGGCUCAGCGUGAGGCCACGGCAGCUGAGGGCACUGCGUCCUCUGGAGGAUGUGACCGUCAGUGAAGGGGGCAGCGCCACCUUCCAGCUGGAGCUGUCCCAGGAGGGUGUGACUGGAGAGUGGGCCCAGGGUGGAGUCCAGCUGCAUCCAGGGCCCAAGUGCCACAUUCACUCAGAGGGCCGUACCCACUGCCUGGUGCUCAGCAGCCUGGAUCUGGCUGACUCGGGUUGCGUCUCCUUCACUGCGGAUACCCUGCGCUGUGCUGCCAGGCUCUCUGUGAGAGAGGUCCCAGUGACGAUUGUGCAAGGGCCCCAGGACCAAGAGGUGACUGAAGGUGACACAGCCACUUUCGAGUGCGAGCUUUCCCAGGCUUUGGCUGACAUUACAUGGGAGAAGGACGGGUGCGCGCUCGCUCCCAGCCCGCGGCUCCGGCUCCAGGCUCUCGGCACGCGCCGCUUUCUCCAGCUGCGGCGCUGCAGCUCCUCGGACACCGGGACCUACAGCUGCGCUGUGGGAACGACCCGCGCCGGGCCUGUGCGCCUGACCGUGCGCGAACGCAUGGUGUCUGUGCUCCGCGAGCUCCGGACAGUGAGCGCGCGCGAAGGUGAUGGCGCCACAUUCGAGUGCACCGUGUCGGAAACGGAGACCACGGGGCGCUGGGAGCUCGGAGGCCGCCCGCUGAGACCCGGAGGCCGCGUCCGCAUCCGACAGGAAGGAAAGAAACACAUUCUGGUGUUGAGCGAGCUACGUGCAGAGGACGCCGGUGAAGUCCGCUUCCAGGCGGGACCCGCCCAGUCUUCGGCUAUGUUGGAGGUAGAGGCGUUGCCUCUCCAGAUAUGCCGCCGGCCCCCUCGCGAGAAGACGGUUCUGGCCGGCCGCAGGGCGGUGUUGGAGGUGACUGUGUCCCACCCUGGGGACCACGUGUCUUGGAUGCGGGAGGGGAUCGAAUUGUGCCCUGGAGACAAGUAUGAGAUGCGCAGCCACGGCGCCACCCACAGCCUAGUCAUCCAUGACGUGCGACCUGAGGACCAGGGCACCUACAGCUGCCAGGCCGGCCAAGACAGUGCUGACACAAGGCUGCUGGUAGAGGGUGAGUAAAUCUCACUGGGCAGAAGUCACAGGACCGGAGGCUGAUCAGGCAGGAGGGGCCACCUGGAAGCUGCAGGGCUAAAACACCUGUGGGAGGUUUUCCAGGGCUCA